AUGGUACAUGCGACCUUGGAAAGUGUAAGAUUAUAGUUUUGUAUUUUUAGCAUGAUGCUUUCCUAUUUUUAUCAUCUUUUGUUAUAGUUAUAGAAUUAUCGUAAGAUCGUCUGAUCUCUGAAGCUUAAAAUGACUUUUGUAUCUUUUUUUUCUUUUUUUUCGUAUUAAAUCGAUGCGUAUGAAAUGUCGUCUUUUCAAAUAAAUGUUUAAUAUAAUACAAUUUAUACUUAAUAUAAUUAUCAUUAUAAAUCAGUACCAACAAAUAACUCGAUACACUAGAAAAUUUUUCAUUCGUGGCCUUUAAUUAAUCUACGCGUUGAAAAGUUAUUCAGAUGGAACAAGUGAUGUGUUUAGUCUUUGCCAAAUAUGUUCUGUGUCCACUCAAAGAAUAAUAAUAAUUAUUAAAUAGUAAUAAAUAAACUCGUGUAAAGGAAAUCGUAAGAAAAUCGUGAAGAAAAUAAAAUUAUUAUUUAUUAUAAAUAUUCUCGAACGCUGAACAUACGUAAAUCGAGGUGUAGAAAAUCAAAGGGAACUCAAAACUCAACAAUUAAUCCUGCGAGGAGAAGCUUGGAAAAUAGACGGCUUCUUCUCUCUUCGCCUUAUCGCGAGAUUUUGCUCCUCGAAGUCUGAUAAACAGCUUUCGAAAUUAUUUUUUUCAGAUUCUGCUUGGUUGGGCAGGUGACAGAGCAUGGGUGAACGCGUCCAUCGUGUAUGCAGUAUGCAUGGCACUCUGCGGCGCGGUGACAGCUUUAAUACCCAUGGUAGUUGGCAGUUACUAUGCUUUGUGCGCAAUCUCUGGUGCUUUUGGAUUAUUCAUCGGUGCGAACUAUAGUCUUACCAGCAUCAUCCUCGUCGAAUUGAUCACGCUGGAAAGAUUCACAAACGCGUACGGCCUUCUGCUCUUGGUCCAGGGUGUUGCAAAUCUUAUGGGCCCUCCGUUGGCUGGCUGGCUGUACGAUAUCACUGGGACGUAUGAUUUGUCGUUUUACCUGGCCGGCUUAUUCAUUGCGUUGAGCGGUGUCCUUUUGCUGGCGAUGCCUUUAAUCAGCCUGUACCGGAGAUGCUUGAACGGAUCGAGGAAGGAGGAAAUAGACAAAGAUUUCGCGAACGUGAACAGAGUCUGA